ACUUGCCCUCAAUCCGCAAAUACUAAUCCCCUUAAAACUUCACUCUGUUGUUCUCUUCUUUUCACUUGAAAAGAUUUUCCCACCUUGCUUUUGCAUUUCAUUAUCUGGGUUCUGUUUGUUUAUGCGUUUCUUACAUUUUCCCUCACUUUCUAGGGAAAAAGAUUAAACCUUUGAAUGCUCUUUUGUUGAGACAGGGUUCAAAUCAACGGUGAGAUGGUGAAAACGGCUAAUUCUCCAUCUUCUUCUCCGGUGACGAUAACGGUAUCAUCAGGAGGCAAAGAAAGAGGAAGUAGAAGCAUGGGUUUGACAAGUCCAGUACCAAGAGCUUCUAUAUCAAAUAACCCAAAUUCUCCACUCACUAACAGUAAAAACCGGACCUCGAGUGGGGGUAGAUAUUGUUCAAUGUCUAGAGAUGAUACCACUGAAGAGAUCAACUCAGAUUUUGUCACUUACACAGUUCACAUACCUCCUACUCCAGAUCACCAGCCUAUGUCUGUCUCACAAUCCAGUCUAGAUAUCAAGAAUGACGGAAAGCCUGAUAGGAGUUUUAUUUCGGGUACUAUUUUCACUGGUGGUUUUAAUUCAGUCACGCGUGGUCAUGUUAUGGACUGCUCAAUGGAAAUGACUAAGUCACUCAAAUCAGGGCUUGUUUGUGGAAUGAAAGGCUGUGAUGAGAAAGCAAUUCGAGGAAAAUGUGAAUGUGGAUUCAAGAUUUGUAGAGAUUGUUACUUAGAUUGUGUUGGGGCUAAUGCAGUGGGACAUUGUCCUGGCUGCAAAGAGCCAUAUAAAGAUGUUGAUGAUGAGGAUUUUGAUGAUGAAGAAGAUGAUGAUGAGGCUAAAAGUGAAGAAGAAGAUCAGGCGUUGCCAUUGCCUAAGUUGGACAAGAGACUUUCACUUGUGAAGUCAAUUAAGGCAAUGAAUCAUCCUCCUGAGUUUGAUCAUACAAGGUGGUUGUUUGAGACUAAAGGAACUUAUGGGUAUGGUAAUGCUGUGUGGCCUAAAGAUGGAUAUGGAGGUGGAUCGGGAGCUAAUGAAUUCGAGCACCCUCCAGAUUUUGGAGAGAGAUCUAGAAGGCCUUUGACUAGGAAAGUUGGGGUUUCUGCUGCAAUUCUUAGCCCUUACAGACUACUCAUUGCAAUGCGUCUCGCGGCCCUUGGUUUGUUUCUUACAUGGAGAAUUCGUCACCCCAAUCGCGAGGCAAUGUGGCUGUGGGGGAUGUCCAUAACUUGUGAGGUCUGGUUUGCAUUAUCAUGGCUUCUUGAUCAGCUUCCUAAGCUCUGCCCUGUAAACAGAGUGACUGACCUCUCUGUGCUCAAACAACGUUUCGAAUCUCCCAAUCUUCGAAACCCAAAAGGCCGUUCAGACCUUCCGGGAAUUGAUGUGUUUGUUUCAACAGCAGAUCCUGAGAAAGAACCACCUCUUGUCACUGCAAAUACAAUUCUUUCAAUCCUUGCAGUUGAUUAUCCAGUGGAAAAGGUCGCUUGUUACUUAUCAGAUGAUGGUGGUUCUCUUUUGACAUUUGAAGCUCUAGCAGAAACUGCUAGUUUUGCAAGAACUUGGAUUCCUUUCUGCAGAAAACACAACAUUGAACCCAGGAAUCCUGAGGCUUAUUUUGGGCAGAAGCGCGAUUUUCUUAAAAAUAAAGUGAGGCUUGACUUCGUCAGAGAGAGGAGAAGAGUGAAGAGAGAAUAUGAUGAAUUUAAGGUGAGGAUCAAUUCAUUGCCUGAAUCAAUUAGGAGAAGAUCAGAUGCUUAUAAUGCCCAUGAAGAGCUGCGGGCGAAGAAGAAACAAGUGGAAAUGGGAGGCAGUCUAUCAGAACCUCUUAAAGUACCAAAGGCAACUUGGAUGUCAGAUGGUUCUCACUGGCCGGGGACUUGGACUUCUGGAGAGAGUGACCACUCAAGAGGAGACCACGCUGGCAUAAUUCAGGCAAUGCUAGCUCCACCAAAUUCAGAACCAGCUUUUGGGGCAGAAGCAGAUGCAGAGAACUUAAUUGACACAAUGGAAGUUGAUAUUAGAUUGCCAAUGCUGGUCUAUGUGUCUCGUGAGAAAAGGCCAGGCUAUGAUCACAACAAGAAAGCUGGAGCUAUGAAUGCUCUAGUUAGAACUAGCGCAAUCAUGUCCAAUGGUCCAUUCAUACUAAAUCUUGAUUGUGAUCACUACAUUUAUAAUUCUUUGGCUUUAAGAGAGGGAAUGUGCUUUAUGCUUGAUAGAGGUGGUGAUAGGAUCUGUUAUGUUCAAUUCCCACAAAGGUUUGAAGGUAUUGAUCCAAGUGAUCGAUAUGCAAACCACAACACGGUGUUCUUUGAUGUGAGCAUGAGAGCUCUUGACGGAUUACAGGGUCCAAUGUAUGUAGGAACAGGCUGCAUUUUUCGCAGAACAGCUCUGUAUGGAUUCAGUCCACCUAGGACAACAGAACACCAUGGAUGGUUUGGCAGAAAGAAAAUUAAGUUGUUCUUGAGGAAACCCAAGACGACAAAGAAACAAGAGGAUGAGAUAGCAUUGCCUAUCAACUGUGAUCAGAAUGAUGAUGAUGCAGAUAUUGAGUCUUUGCUUCUACCGAAAAGGUUUGGGAACUCAACUUCUCUGGCUGCGUCUAUUCCAAUUGCAGAAUACCAGGGAAGGUUACUUCAAGAUGUACAAGGAAGGGGUAAUCACGGAAGACCAGCCGGUUCACUUGCUGUACCUAGGGAGCCUUUGGAUGCUGCAACUGUUGCUGAGGCAAUUAGUGUUAUCUCUUGCUUCUAUGAGGAUAAAACGGAGUGGGGAAAAAGGGUGGGUUGGAUAUAUGGUUCUGUGACAGAAGAUGUGGUGACUGGUUAUCGUAUGCACAAUCGAGGAUGGAGGUCUGUCUAUUGUGUAACAAAAAGGGAUGCAUUCCGCGGCACAGCUCCAAUCAAUCUAACAGACAGGCUGCACCAAGUCCUUCGAUGGGCUACUGGCUCGGUUGAAAUAUUUUUCUCAAGGAAUAAUGCGCUCUUUGCUAGUCCUCGGAUGAAAUUCUUGCAGAGAGUGGCAUAUUUCAAUGUAGGAAUGUACCCUUUUACCUCUAUGUUUCUCAUUGUUUAUUGCAUCCUACCUGCAGUUUCUCUAUUCUCCGGCCAGUUCAUCGUUCAAUCUCUCAGUGUUACCUUUCUAGUGUUCUUGUUAGCCAUCACAAUGACCCUAUGCUUGCUUGCGCUCCUGGAAAUUAAAUGGUCAGGAAUCACUCUCCAUGACUGGUGGCGAAAUGAACAGUUUUGGCUGAUUGGGGGAACAAGUGCUCAUCCUGCAGCAGUAUUACAAGGAUUACUGAAGGUUAUAGCAGGGGUUGAUAUUUCAUUCACGUUAACAUCUAAAUCUGCCAUGCCUGAGGACGGAGAUGAUGAGUUUGCUGAGCUAUAUGUGGUCAAGUGGAGCUUCUUGAUGAUACCUCCAAUCACCAUAAUGAUGUUGAACAUGAUUGCAAUUGCAGUGGGAGUAGCAAGGACUGUGUAUAGUACUUAUCCACAGUGGAGCAAACUUCUUGGAGGGGUGUUCUUCAGCUUCUGGGUUUUGUCUCAUCUCUACCCCUUUGCGAAAGGCUUGAUGGGAAGAAGAGGGAGGGUCCCAACCAUUGUGUAUGUCUGGUCAGGAUUGCUAUCCAUCAUCAUUUCAUUGCUAUGGGUGUACAUUAGUCCUCCUUCCGGGAAGCAAGAUUACAUGAAGUUUCAGUUCCCCUGAUGAUGUGUUUAGCAGUGUUAUUAUAUGUCCUGGUUAGGUUUAUUUUAUAGGAACAGCAGAAGACCAAAGUUGAAGUUUCUCUCAACUUCAUAUUUGUAGUUUGGUUUUGUAAUUGAUUUUAAUUUUUUCUUCUCUGCUACUGUUAAAAAGUGUAAUCUUUAAUUACUGUGUGUAAUUGCACUUGAGGAUCAUACCAAGGCACCUCAAGUUUCAUGUGUUUAGGCAAGAUUAUUACCUGGAAAGUAUUAUCCUGA